AUAAAAAAUAUAUAAAAAUUCUGUCAAUUUUGACUGACACGCGAAGAGCACCAGAGGGUUAAAGAUAGUUGAGCAAUGUUGAUGCACAUCUUUGAAUUGGUCAAGAUUCUGAUUUUCUGAUUUUCAUUGGGUCAGAGUUUACACCUUCCUCCUGAGGAGUAUCAUAUACCUGAUUCCCCCACACACACACACACACACACAGCGUCUCGUGUCCCUCUCGCCCCUGAGUAACGCUUGUCUCCUCAUGUAGGAGGCUCGAUCUCACUCUCCCCGGCACCUCGAGCCCCAGUCUCCCACAUCCAGCUCUGUCUUCUGUAGCUCAGACUGUCCUGUGUCCCUCAGUAAACCCCCGUGUUAUGAGGAGGCUGUGAAACAGCAGAUGGUGCGCAGCCAGCAGAUGGACGAGAUCCUGGAUGUCCUCAUCGAGAGUGGAGUUUCCCCGAAGUUCCAGCACCGGCACUACAGUCACAUGUGUGCGUACGAGCCCGGAGACAGCCACCUGGAGGCACUGCUGAGCCGAACACACACUGACACACACUCCGACACACACUCGGACGAGGCAGGCGAAGGAUUCAACGACAGACUGAUGAUGGACACGCCUGUGAUCGGGAAGAUGGAGACUCAGGGACUCGGGAUGACCUUCACGGACUCGCCUUGGGAAACCAUGGAGUGGCUGGAUCUGACUCCGCCAAACUCCUUCCAGAACCAGAACGUUCUUCCUCUCAGCGGACCGAACAUCUUUAACACCGAGUUCCUGGACGUCACCGACAUCAGCCUGAACUCUGCCAUGGACCUGCACCUCGAUCACUGGUGAGGAGGAACCAGUCCAACGGGAGUCAUCGACACUUAUCUCACAAUUCUGAGAUGUUAAAGGAUUAGUUCUUCUGAAUUAAGAUCUCCUGAUAAUUUACUGUGCCCCACAUCAUACAAGAUGUUCUAGCAGUAGAAGUGUUUAUUUGUCCCUGUAGGGAAAGUAGUUUGCAGUGAGCUCACACAGAUUUGGCAAGAAUUUCAAGAAUCAAAGUUGGCAUAUACAAACAAUAAAUCAAAGCAAAUACAUCUAAUUUAAGAUAACCCACUGACCAUCAAUCAACACUAGAAGAAGAAUUUAAAAAUCUUAUUGCUUGGGGGAUAAUAGAUAAUUUGGACCCGUUUUUCAUGCAUCUGGGAACAUAGUAAUGUCAGCCAGAUAAUUCAAAAGCAUAAGAUAAAGGAUGCCUUGUAUCAUUCAGAAUGAUAUUAGCUUUAAUUAUAUUUCUUCAGUGGUAAAGAAA